CCACCACCGACCGUAACCGAGCGCUGCCCGGCCAUCGCCACCGCCACCGCCGCCGCCGCCGCCGUAGACUGUAGGGUCAAAAUAAUCGCAUCCCAUAUCGCUCGAACGCGUGUGUUCGUCCGUCCGCGUCUGUCUCGCGUCACACGCGCUCGCGCCACAACGUACGCCCAUACCGUACGCCGCCGUCGACGUCGCCGCACGCGCCGCACACAAGGUGCUAGCGUUUUCGCGGUCAGUCGCAAAAUAUUGUAAAAUAUUAAAACAAUAUUUACAUCGCCAUUGGAUUUCGCACCCGCGAGCUAUAGAAGAAUAAGGAGGAGAGAAUUUGUCUGGCCGGCUGAGAUACCAGGGCACUGGGAACACAUUGAAUUUCCGGAAGAAAUGCAGCUAUGACCCCACAAGUCAUGCAAACCAUCAUAACCCUGUGUGCCUUGCUUAUUGCAAGUACAUUCGCUACACCAUGUCCGCAUCCGUGCAAAUGUUUUACCACAGAGAAUGGAAUACAAGUAGCUAAUUGUACUGACCUACCGGAUCAAAUAACGACCACAUGGCCACAAAAAAUUCUUCGAAUUCAUUUCGACACUGAUCGAGAGUCAACAGUUAUGUUGAAAAACAAAGCGUUCAAACACUUUCCACGGCUUACGUAUCUAGAUAUAACUGGAGGUACCAUACACUACGUGGGAAAUUUGGCAUUUGAUGGGUUGCCGGAAUUAGUGGAACUUAAUCUUGUAGGAACGGGUAUAAGAAAAUUGCACCGAAAUACAUUCACAAGCAACCAGAAAUUGGCAUUUUUGUCCUUAAGUAAAAAUCCUAGACUCUUUGUAGGCCCUUCAUUCCUCGUGUCUGAAUCUAUAACCGAGCUCGACUUAUCAGAAUGCGCGUUGACCACACUGAAAAGUAUAUAUUUUAAAAGUUUACCCAAUUUAAAAUACUUGUUUGCUACGAAAAAUGAUCUCAAAGUACUCAGUUCUCAAUUUGGACCUUCCGGUGUCAAGUAUGUAAAUCUUGCCCAUAAUAAAAUUGAAUAUAUCAACGAGAAUUUAGAAGCAUAUAAACGUUUGCGAACAAUCGAUCUUACUGGAAAUCCAAUUAACUGUACGUGCGAACUUUCGGAAGUAGAUAAAAAAUUGUCAUCUAGAGGUGUGGCAUUCGGAAAUUCGAUAACGUGUAAUAAUACAGGAAAACCAUUAAGUGAUAUGUUAGAAGUAUGUUCAGACAAAGAAAUGAUGGGGGAUGAUCCUAUGGAUAUGUACCGAGAAGAUCACUUAUUAAAAAUCGAUAAAAGUAUGAUAAGAUCUGUGGAAGAAUUUGACGAAUUUGGUUCGGGUUCAGGUAGCGGUGAUGGUGGAUUUACCAUGAUGGACAUAAAUUAUGUAACACAAACUAAAAUAAAAAACGUACACAAUAAUACACAAAUUAUUGAAGUCAAAAAUAAUACACAAAUCGAAGAAGUAAUAACAAAAACUCAUGUUAAUGAAACAUUUAUAGUUCCUAAAAUCGAAACGGCUUCAUUACCCACUACUGCUGUGGAUGUAUCGUCUAAAGAUACGACGGACGAAACUACUAUACUCCCAGCUGAAGAAGUAAUCGUUCAUGUUCAACCUACGAUUCAUCCUUCUGAUAGCAAUUCCUCUACCAUGCGAUCUAGCAUGGACCGUGGAAUUGUCUCUCAGACGAUACAAGCGCCAGAAGACGAAGAAAAUGUUCAGAACAAAGUAGCUGAGUUCCUAAAGUCUAAUGUUGGAAUAACUGGAACAGCGGCUAUAUUAGCAAUAGUUAUCAUAGCUAUUGUGUACAAAGCCGUGUGUUUGGGAAAAUCGCGAAGUCACAAUAUCGUAGCUUGCAAUGAUAAAUCCGUCGAACUCAAAGACAUAAAAUAUGAACCAGCAAACACGGAAGACACGCACAACCAACGUGAUGAUUCACCGGCUAGUUCAGUGGAAGAGAACCUGUUGGGAGACCACGAUAGCGAUGACGAAGAUGACAGUAACGGAUAUAACGAAGACGAUAUGUCUUCAACGCUAGCAAUGAAUGGUCACGCUCAAAACGGUUUAUUGAACAGUGUUAUGGAUGCGGUGAAAAAUAACGAAGAGCCAACGAAGACUGCGUCUGGUGACCAAAACGUUCCUACCAAAGUGAUAGUGAAAAUGUGCGAAACUCCAAAAGCUUCCAAACCAAUAACAAUUAAUAACGUCCAUUAAGUAUACUCUACAACAUAAAGUAGCUCCUAAAUUAUUGGACGACAUCGAAAAAACAUAUCCAAAUGUAAAAUUCGUAGCAUAAUGUAUGUUUUCCAUUUAAAUGUAUUAACUGUGUCCCGUAUAUAAUUUUAAGUUUUAACAGACCAUUUUAAAAUAAACUAUUUUUAUACAACAAAACUUAAAAUAAUACGAAUUAAAUCUCUGGUGUAUAAUAACAGUUACCUACUGUUGAGUUUAAUGGUAAACUUUGUUCUAAUGUGUCAUAGUUGUUGAACAUUGACGAUUCAAUUUAAAACUGUUUCGUUGCCAACUUAUCAUGUACGUCAUCCAGUAAAUUUUAAUAUUUAUUUUGUUGUAUAAUAUGAUAAUAUUGUUGUCCAUUAAGCCUUUGCUUAGUUAAAAAAUUAUACUAUAAAAUAUUCAUAUUUUUAGAGGUUCAAAACCUUGUAAAUGUACAAUUUGCUUAUUUUAUUUAUUGUUUUUUCUACUAU